AUGGGGUCGAACUCCACUAGACGAUGCUCGUGCUUUCCACCAUGAAGACUGUGUUCGCUUCCUGCUGAAACAUCAUGCUCGUGGACAUAAGAUCAGUAUACCCACGGACGUUCCAGCAAGUGAAAACGGUGCCGAAAUGAACAGUCAAGCGGACGAAUCAUCAGGCGAAGAUGAACUGACUAGUAGCACCGGUAUGAUGCUCAUUAACGAUGAUGAUAUGAAAGAAAAAGGUUGGUCAGGUCAUUUUUUCGGCUUCACCGGGCUCCCUAUUCUCCUAGAAUAUCCUCAUUUGAUAUGA